UGUCAUACGCAUGUCGUCACAUCUAGCGAAAUCUGCUGUUGAACAGAAGGCAAUGGAAGGCACAAUGGCUACACCAACAUCUCUGGAUCCAGAUUUGGUUCGGGAAGUGUUGGAAUGCCCUAUCUGCCUGGAGACCUACAACCAGGAGCAACUUCGACCCAAACUGCUGCAGUGUGGUCACUCUGUGUGUCGCCAGUGCCUUGAGAAACUUCUUGCUAGCACCAUAAAUGGUGUGCGGUGCCCCUUCUGCAGCAAAGUUUCUCGUAUGAGCAGUAUUUCCCAGCUGGCUGACAACCUUACUGUGUUAAAGAUCAUCGACUGUGCAAGUACAUGUGGAUCUACCAUGGGUCUCAUGUGCAAGUCCUGUAUGAACCGCCUUCCCCGUCAGUAUUGUUGCGACUGCGGCAUCGUAUUGUGCGACAUUUGCAAGAACGAGGGUCAUCAGCGCCACGGACACGACGUACGAGCCAUUCGCAUGGCUGCCGAACAACGGCGGAAAGACCUCACUGGGAAGCUCACUAACUUGCGGGAGGCAAUGGGUAAUAUUCAGAAAAAGAAGGCAGCCAUUAACAACGUGGCAAAAUCAUUCCGACUGAAGUACAAGGCUGUCCAGCAGGAGUAUGCCAAGGCUGAGUUGCGGCUCCAGGAAGAUCUUGGCCGCUCACGUCGUGCCUUUACAACAUCAAUGGCUGAAGUAGAGAAACUCAAUGCCCAGAUUCUGGAGGAGCAGACCUACCUGCUCAACAUUGCUGAAGUGCAGGUGGUGUCUCGUUGCGAUUACCUCACCAUAAGAAUAAAGCAGACUGAUAUUGCGCUACUGGAGGAAGGGAGCAAUAAUGACGAUGAAGAGUUGGAAUUAAAAACAAAUCUGCCUGUCAUUUUGAAACUACAGGAUCCUGAACUGGUUAAAAUUGAGCACUCAAAACCCUUAGAUGUUGCACAGCUGACUACAAAAUCCUGCACUGUCAAUGCUGAAGAGGAAGAUGGAAUUGAGUUUGCCACUGCCGCCGCCAUCCCUUUGGACAUUUAUCGUGAUAUCGAUAUGGUAGCGGCAGCCGAAGAUGCAGUUUGUGCUUCUCCUGGUAGUUUCAAGUCCAAGUCCGUAGAUGGAGGGGAACCUUCUCCAGGGGCUACUGGUGGGCAGCUCUGUCAGUUCGUAAAAAAGAUGGGCUGCAAAGGGAAUCUCCCUGGCAUGUUCAACUUGCCGGUAAGUAUUUGUGUCACUCUACAAGGUGAGGUGCUCGUGGCUGACCGAGGGAACUACCGCAUCCAGAUCUUCAACCGCAAGGGCUUCCAAAGGGAGAUACGCCACAACCCAAGCAGCAUCGACAACUUUGUCUUGAGCUUCCUUGGCGCGGACCUCCCCAACCUUAUUCCUCUCUCCAUUGCAAUCACUGCUCAGGGCCUCAUCGGGGUCACCGAUAACUAUGACAAUUCAGUGAAGGUUUACACCACUGAUGGCCACUGCAUCGCUUGCCAUAAGAACCAGCUCAUUAAGCCAUGGGGCAUCGCUGCCAUGCCUUCGGGACAGUUUGUUGUGUCGGAUGUGGAGGGUGGAAAGCUUUGGUGCCUGGCUGUGGAUCGUAACGUAGGGGUGGUCAAUUACAACCGUCUAUGCUCUGCAGUCAGGCCCAAAUUUGUGACUUGCGACUCCUCAGGUACAGUCUACUUUACACAAGGUUUAGGCCUAAACAUUGAGAAUAGACACAAUGAACACCACCUUGAGGGGGGGUUCUCCAUCGGCUCAGUGGGUAUGGAUGGACAGUUGGGAAAACAACUUAGCCACUUCUUCUCAGAAACCGAGGACUUCCGUUGCAUCACCGGCAUGUGUGUGGACUCUAACGGGGACUUGCUUGUGACGGACAGUGGUCGGAAGGAAAUACUACAGUUCCCAAAAGAAGGUGGCUAUAACGUUCUCAUUCAAGAGGGCCUUACAUGCCCCGUAGGGGUGGCUGUUACUCAAAAGGGACAACUGCUAGUCUUGGAUUGCUGGGACCACUGUGUGAAGGUCUACACAUACUUGCAGAGGAGACGUUCCUCUACUUGUUAAGACCACAAUGUCGAUGAAUGAAAGACAUUUUGAUGAUAUAUAAGACUGGUCACUUCAGUUGAAAUGAUUAUAAAUGCGAUUGCUUCUUGGUGCUUUUUGACCAGUGGCAUGCAAUGGCCGGGUCAGGCAGCAAACAUUCACCACUGCCAUGGAGCAAUUUGAAGAUGAAUUAUGUAUAUUAUUUUGGCUGCUACAGACAAAUGCAUUUUUGAAUACAGUACAACUGAUGGCAAUAACUGAGUCUUUUUCUUUUAAGUGUGCAAGUUAGUUUCCAUUUGUGAUUUUUUUUUAAUUUGUGUACUGCUGUACUAUUGUCUUUUGAGGAAUUUGAAAAAAAACAUAGUUAAUUACAACAAUUUUUUUUUUUUUUUGUGGAAAAUUCAAAACAUUAUUUGUUUGAAUUUAUGUUCAUGUGUCAUGAUUUUACUUAUUUCCCAUAAUGCCUCUCUGUUAAAGUGCCCCCUCAUACCUGAAUCCUGUGUCAGUAAAGUUUAUAUGGACAAUAUAUUUCUAUUAAACAUAACAAUGUAGUUUAACUUGUCAAAAUUAUGCUUGGAAAAAAACUAAAUAUUAGUUUUAUUUUGAUUACAAAGAUUAAAAUGUCUCUAAGUUGUCUUAUAGUUCAUCACUGACUGUGACUGGUUUGUACUGUAAUCUGGUGUUUAAACCUAUUGCUGUGUUGCAGUUACCAAAAGGACUGUCAAAUUCAGGAGAUAUUUAUUAGCAUAUAAUCAGAUUCACUGCAAUAGUUCAUCUACAGCAGGAAUACGACUGAAUCAAAACAGAAUCUCAGCAGUUUACUGUUACGAAGUAUAUGAAAUAAAAUUUUGCGUUGUGUCCUUGUUUCUAAGAGAUUGGUUUUAAGACUGUUGCUUAGUCAAUCAAACAUUGAGUGAAAAAUAUCCAUUUUAUUUUGUAAUGUGACUGUGACUAUAUUAAGCUUCACCAUCUUUCAAAGCAUUAGACAGUACUGAAAUUGGUGUUCUGUUGUAAAAAAAUAAUCCUACUCGACAUAUUUGUUUUGCACAUUAAAGUUUUAGUUCAACCAACAACAAAAAAAGAAGAAAAGAAAAUGCUGUCAUUGUUUACUCACUUUCAUGUUGAUCCAAACCUGUAUGACUUUCUUUUGUGUAACAAACAGAAUGAUGACUAUGGCUGUCAAUCCCAGCAUUCUGCCUAACAUCUCCAUUUGUGUUGCACGAAAGAAAGUCAUAUGGGUUUAGAAAGAAAUGAAAGAAAACGUUUUAUAUUCUGUCAUAAUUUAUUUAGAGGGAACUAUGCUUUUAAAACUGGUCUGCAGUUAGCUUUUUACUAAUCUAGAAGAUUAUAAAAUACCAUCAUUGGAUUUUUUGUCUUGGUUCUUGUGUGACUUAAGGUUCAGAAUUGUUGAUCUUCAUUUGUCAUUGAGAAAUUAGGUAUGAACUUGUUUUGUUUUUUUUUUAUGAAAAAAAAAGUGGUAUAAUCAUAUGUAAAUGGAACACACAGAUGCUCGUUCUUGGGUAUUUAAUGUCAAGCAUCAUGCAUGCUCUUUUCAAAUAUUAUAAGGCACAAAUUACUGUAUGAGCAUUUUCUCACACUGUUUAGAAGGGCUUUUAUGAUGGGAGACAGCUCCAACACAUGAUCAUUUUGUAAUCUUACGAAAGUAAUAUGUCCAUUCAAUGAUGUUUGUCAGUGUAUCGACUCCCCAAUUAUUUGUUUUGUUCAUGACCAAUUAUGUGCAAUAAAUCAACAUAUCUGUGGUGU